GCCCGCGCAGACCGCGACCUCGCUUCCCGUGGAGCCCGGCCCGGCUCUCAGCUACCCGCAGGAGGAGGCCACCCUCAACGAGAUGUUCCGCGAGGUUGAGGAACUGAUGGAGGACACGCAGCACAAACUGCGCAGCGCGGUGGAGGAGAUGGAAGCAGAAGAGGCUGCUGCUAAAACAUCUUCAGAAGUGAACCUGGCCAACUUACCUCCCAGCUACCACAAUGAAACCAACACAGACACCAAGGUUGGAAAUAAUACCAUCCAUGUGCAUCGAGAAAUCCACAAGGUCACCAACAACCAGACUGGACAAAUGGUCUUUUCUGAGACAGUUAUUACAUCUGUGGAAGAUGAAGAAGGCAAAAGAAGCCACGAGUGCAUCAUCGACGAGGACUGUGGGCCCAGCAAGUACUGCCAGUUUGCCAGCUUCCAGUACACCUGCCAGCCGUGCCGGGACCAGCAGACACUCUGCACCAGGGACAGUGAGUGCUGUGGAGACCAGCUCUGUGUCUGGGGUCAUUGCACCAAGACGGCCACCAGGGGCGGCAACGGGACCAUUUGUGAUAACCAGAGGGACUGCCAGCCUGGGCUGUGCUGUGCCUUCCAGAGAGGCCUGCUGUUCCCUGUGUGCACGCCCUUGCCCGUGGAGGGCGAACUCUGCCACGACCCCGCCAGCCGGCUCCUGGACCUCAUCACCUGGGAGCUGGAGCCAGAUGGAGCUUUGGACCGAUGCCCAUGUGCCAGUGGCCUCCUCUGCCAGCCCCACAGCCACAGCCUGGUGUAUGUGUGCAAACUGGCCUUCAUCGGGAGCCAAGACCAAGACGGGGAGAUCCUGCUGCCCCGAGAGAUCCCUGACGAGUAUGAUGCGGGUGGCUUCAUGGAGGAGGUGCGCCAGGAGCUGGAGGACCUGGAGAGGAGCCUGAGCGAGGACCUGGCACUAGGGGAGACCGCCGCCGCCGCCACUGAGCUGCUGGGGGGAGAAGAGAUCUAGUUGCAGACCAGGCCACGGGUAGAUGUGCAAUAGACAUAGCUAAUUUAUUUCCCCGGUGUGUCCUCUAGGUGUGGGCUGGCCAGGCUUCUUUCCAUGUCCUCUUCCUGGUAAAUUAUCCCUCUAGCUUGGCAAAACGAGGUGCUGUGUAUGUGUCCAGCUCCCCCAGACUGUGCUCCUGGCGUCCCAGUCACGGCACUUGGGCAAAACAGGCAGCAGUGAGGGCAGGACCAGUGGCUCUGCCACGCUCUGCGCGGCUUGGAAAUUGCUCACGGGGAGAGGAUGGAAAGGAUGCGGAGAUUCCCCAGGAUGCCUUUGGGGAAGUGAAGAGCGCCCUGCUUUGCAAGCAUCCACCUGGCAGAGAUGCCACAAAUGAACUUCUCACGCCACUCCCUUCAUGGGCACAGGCGAGCCGCACCGUUAAUUGCUGCAGAUGAAGUGUUCUGUUCACUCUGCGUGACAUGCAUUCAUCCCAUCAGCGAAUUUGCUCAGCUCCUACCUCUGUGCCAGGGCAGCAUUUUCAUAUUCACUCUCUCACCAUAGCCUGGGGACGGGGUAGGGUUCUCCUCUUCCUUCGGGGAUCUCAGAGGCUUAGAGACUGCAAGCUGCAUGCCCAAGUCACACAGUCAGUGAUGGCCAGUGUAGGGUCACCCAGGAGUGACUCCAAGCUCAGUGCUCGUCCCACUACCCCACACCAGCCUCGGUGCCACCAAAAGUAGGAAGAAUGGGAUUUUUCUUCUUCUGAGGCACGUCUGGAAUUAAGGCCAAACUAGUUCCCACGUCCCCAUGAGAUUAAGCUUCUACUGUUAGAAAUAGCCGUGUUCUCCCCAGCGUGGGGCAGCCAUCAUUCUCUGGCAGUUGCAUUAGUAAUGUUGAAGGAAUGUGAUUGGGCAUGGUAUACAGGUUAACUUGCGGAAUCAGUACUUAGGUAAUUGGAGAGCCAGGAUUAGAAAUGGCCUUUGCAAAAUCACUCAGCAGCAACUGAAGAUCAUUAUCAACCACAUGGAGACACUCAAACCAAGCAAGGCUCUGUGAAAUAUGGUGGUCGUACCCAGACUUUGAACACCAAACUACACUCCAUUCACAAAUGACAUUUUCAGGUGCCAUGGGCUGUUUCCAUCAUGUCUUCACCCAGAGUUAUUACAUUUUAAAGUUGCACUCAAUUGUAUAAGCAUGCUUUCUUUGAGUUUUAAAUUAUGUAUAAACACAUGUGUUGCAUUUAGAAGUCAAGCAUAAAUCACUUCAACUCCUUU